CAUCAGAGAUCUGGCUGUUCAUAUAAAGCCUAACGCAUGCGAUUGUCUAUACAGUUUCUAAUCAAAUUAAUCUCGCUUCUAACAUCAGGCGAUGUAUACAUUUGAGACUCCUAUUGGUUUCUGGCUUGGACAGUGAACGCUUUUGUCAUUGAAAUUUUCGGCAAAUUUCGCCCGAGAUUUUUACCUCAAAUAUUCAGAACCUCCGUAAUCACGCAUGGCUUCCGGUACUACUAUUGUACAGAUACCACUGGCACGUAACACGCGACAUUUUGGCGGGUCUCAUAUCCAAUGGUGCAUAUCGUAACAAGCCCGCCGCAACGUAUGGCUAGAAAGCGAGGACAGAUUGCUGCUGGCGUGGAUUUUAACAAAACAUGAAGGCGUUUCACGACUUGAUUGUUUGUCUCUGGAUACUUGCACUCGCCUUGCAAGAUCUUAGCACGCGCAAGGCUUUCACACAAGGACGACAAUGCGAAGACGUGCUUCCUGACUGUGCAUAUCACUUCAAUAUGAAAGACUGCGACAAAUACAGUAGUGUUACCAGAAAAUAUUGCCUCAAGACAUGCAGCUACUGUCCAACACCGCCUUCAACAACAUUGUCACCAUGUAAAGACAUCUUGGCAGACUGUGCAGUGUAUAUCAAGUCUCCGUCCCAGUGUCAUGGCGCUCAAGAGUUCUUUACCAAGUACUGCCCAAGUACAUGUGGCUACUGUGCAUGUGAUGAUAUUCUAGAGGACUGCUCGUCAUACGUCAGUGAUCCAAAUCAAUGUCAAUCCUCUCCAUUUUUCACCAAGUACUGUAAAAGGACUUGUAAUAUCUGCGAGACAUCCACAGUGUCAACACCAGUGACGUCUGCUAUGAUUCAGCCCUCCCCAUCAACUCCAACCCCGCUAAAACAUCCACCUCCAUCGACAGAAGCUUUAUCAAGUCAGUCCUCUUUAACAGAUUCUUCUUUAACCAAGUUUUCAUCGACAGAAUCUCCUUUAACUAAGUCUUCAUCAACAGACCCUUCUUUAGCUGAGUCUUCAUCAACGCAGGAGUCUCAAUCGCAGAUGUCUCAAUCAACCGAGUCUCCACUAUCUCCGUCAUCUCCUUCGCCUUCACUGACCAACACACCUUCAACUACCGAAACCACUAUUCAACCAGGUCCUUUAGGUUGUGCGGACAUCCUUCCGGACUGUGCGUCAAUGGUUGCAAAUGACAAAGAUUCCUGCAAAACCCGUGAGAUGGAGGAAAACUGCCCCAAGUCGUGCAGUUUAUGUGGUGUCGAUCCACAGUGCGAAGAUAAAUUGCCAGAGGAUUGUGCCUCUGUUAUCGCCAGAGACAAAGAAUACUGCAAAACUAACCCAGAAUAUAUGAAGGAGAACUGUGCAAGAACUUGUCAAUACUGCGGUUGUCAUGAUCUUUUGCUCCUGUGCGCUUCACUCGUAGCAAAUAACAAAGAUUACUGCACUACUAAUCCAGUGUUUAUGACAACAAACUGCCCCAAGUCCUGUGAUCUCUGCUACAAUGAUGGUGAUGGCGACGUUAAGCCACCAGCGACUUCUAAUGAUUGUGUCGAUAAGAGGAAGAGAUGCCAAACGUUUGCUAGCAUAAAGAACUACUGCACUUAUCAGUCCGCAUUUAUGAGAAGACACUGUCCAAAAUCAUGCCAGUUCUGCGAGAAGGAAUACAAUUUUGAAAUUAAAACAGAAUGGAACGGCAAACAAAUCAACCACGCCCCAAUAAAGUUCCAAAUAAGUGCCCAGGACUCUCGUGUCGUACUCAUUUCUGUCAGUGGACCAUUCUUUGAUGACCCAGGUCCUCCACCAUGCGCGGUCGGGAGUGCUUGUGAUGGAUUGUGGGAUUAUGAGGUUGCUGAGGUGUUUUUCCUUGGAAAGAAAGAGAAAUACCUUGAGAUUGAGUUAAGCCCGCACGGACAGCAUCUGCUUCUAAUGUUAAAUGGAGUAAGAAAGCCUUUCAAGGACAAACUGCCUAUAGAGUACACGGCCACGAUUGACCGAGCCAAUGGCUCAUGGACUGGAACCGCUAAAAUCCCUAUCGACUACUUCCCGCCUGGAGUGCACAAAAUCAAUGCAUACGCUAUUCACGGAUCAGGGAUCAACAGAAGAUAUGAAUCACUGUACCCCGCACCAGCUGAUGCCAAAAGUCCCGACUUCCAUCAUCUGGAACUUUUCAAGCCAUUUGACUUUGAGGCAAUGUUCACUCUGUCGUGGAGUAAACCAGUGUCGCUUUACUGGAAGAAUAUCGGAAGAUUAUUGAGAGCAAGAUCAAGAGCUUAAUUAAUAACUCCUCGUGCUUUCAAUAAAGUUGAAGUCCAUAAUAAAUGAGCCUGAACUGUGCUGUCAAGAAUAAUAAUGAGUUCAAAGAGACCACUGCUGUGUCUGUUACCGGCAUAGCAUAGUUACAUUAAUUAGUUAAUUAAUUUCCUUCUGUGUUUAUUUCGAGGGCCAUUAGUUUAUCAGUUUUGUUACUGUCAAAUGUUACCCGGCAUAACUGCUUUGCAUAGUCUUUUAUUUCUAUCUUGAACUCUCCGUUUAUCUUAGCCCAUGUUGUUCAAAGGUGGGUAAUGCAGUCUAUCGGAUAAAAUCACCAUCCAGCAGAUAAAUGUUAUCAAACAGAUUACUCUAUUCGUUGGAUAGUCAUAUAUCCGGUAGACAGUGUUAUCUAUCCUUUGAGCAUGCUGUCAAAAUGUCCUGGUGUUUGUGGCAUGAAUUUGGACAAA